UUCCUUUACAUGACUCAGAGGAAGGGGACCUCAUUCCACGUUCCAGGAUUGAUUUUGGCGCAACUUGAAGAAUGGAUGAUGAUGAUUUUGGUGGUUUUGAGGCUGCAGAGACUUUUGAUGGUGGAAAUGGUGAAACUCAAACAACAUCACCUGCUAUUCCUUGGGCUGCCUUUCCUACAGGGAAAAAAUGCAAUUUCCAUUGUGAGCUGCCUUCCAGAAUUUAUGGUAGAGCUUCGCUGACGUUACUACUGAUGCCAAUGUGGAAUAAAGUAUCUGGAGUCCAUCUUUCACCAGCUUCUCCUGAGAUUGUACUGGACCAUGACCAUUCUUCUUCAGUUGGCUGCCUCUCUUCUGAUGCCAUCAUUUCAUCUCCAGAGGAUACACAUACAGACAACAACAUUAUUCAGCAAUCAAGACACACUCAUCUGGAUAUCUCACUUUUUCCAUUGGGUUUAACUGAUGAAAAAAGUAAUGGAACAAUUGCCCUUGUGGAUGAUUCUGAAGAUCCUGGAGGCAAUGUAUCAAACAUACAGCUUCAGCAAAAAAUUUCAAGUCUGGAGAUUAAACUCAAAGUAUCUGAAGAAGAAAAACAGAGAAUUAAAAAGGAUGUAGAAUCAUUGAUGGAAAAACAUAAUGUCUUAGAAAAAGGCUUUCUGAAAGAAAAAGAGCAAGAGGCCAUUUCUUUUCAAGAUAGAUACAAAGAACUUCAGGAAAAACAUAAACAAGAAUUGGAAGACAUGAGGAAAGCUGGUCAUGAAGCCCUUAGCAUUAUUGUGGAUGAAUAUAAGGCACUACUACAGUCUUCAGUUAAGCAACAAGUAGAAGCCAUUGAAAAACAGUACAUUUCUGCAAUUGAGAAACAAGCACACAAGUGUGAGGAGUUGCUAAAUGCUCAGCAUCAGAGGCUUCUUGAAAUGCUAGAUACAGAGAAGGAACUGUUAAAAGAAAAAAUAAAGGAAGCUUUGAUUCAGCAAUCUCAAGAACAGAAGGAAUUAUUGGAAAAAUGUUUGGAGGAAGAAAGGCAAAGAAAUAAAGAAGCAUUAGUAUCUGCUGCCAAGCUUGAGAAAGAAGCAAUGAAGGAUGUAGUUUUAAAAGCCAUAGAAGAGGAGAGAAAAAUUUUGGAAAAAGCCCAUGCUGAAGAAAGGGAAUUGUGGAAGACAGAACAUGCAAAAGAUCAGGAAAAAGUAUCUCAGGAAAUUCAAAAAGCUAUAGAAGAACAAAGAAAAAUAAGUCAGGAAACUGUUAAGGCAGCAAUAAUAGAAGAGCAGAAGCGAAGUGAAAAGGCUGUGGAAGAGGCAGUGAAAAGAACAAGAGAUGAAUUGAUAGAAUACGUAAAAGAACAGAAAAGGCUUGAUCAACUCAUCCGCCAAAGAAGCCUGUCCAGUUUGGAACUCUUCCUCUCCUGUGCUCAGAAACAGUUAAGUGCUUUAAUAGCUACAGAACCAGUUGACAUUGAAUAAAGAGAACAUGACAUGCUAACCCACACCGGCAUUGGAUAAAUCAUUAGACCUUUAAAAUACAUGCUAUAAAUUAUAAAGAUGUUUUGUUUUCUUUCCAAACCUUGUAGAAUUGAUUUCUAAUUCAAGGAUAAACCAAAACAAUAUUUAGAAGAACUAUCAAGUGAUCUGAUUUAUUUUCUUUUGUUUUCUCCUUUACAUUUACUAUUAUUUUAUUAGUAGUGAUAGUAGCAGCAAGAGAGUAUAAUAUGGACCCAAAAGCCACUGAAAAGUGCUACGUUAUCAAAAUUAAGUAAACUUGAUAGCCUCUUGUAGCCUGUUAUAUUUGGCAAAAGUAGUAAAUAUUGCUUCAUGAUGACUCUUGAUGAAAUGCUGGAAUGUAACCAUACAUCUAUUUGAUCUUGAGGACAGAAAUAGCAUGGAUUUCAACAUCAUCUAUUUAUCUGUAUAACUUGGAUAUAAAACAUUGAUAUGAUAAUCAUUCUGGCAUUACAAAACUUCUUUUCUGAAGUUAGAUCUAUGUAUUUUAUUUAGUCUACUGGAAAAAAACAAUACCAUUAAAAGCACUAAAGAGUAUUACAUUAAUUCACCUUUGAUCUGAUGUACCACUUAAAAACUAAAGGAGUAUGUGUUAUAUAUGCUUACUUCCUAUGUCUGCUCUUCAAAGGCACUACAAAUCAAUAAAGUCAUUUUUCUUAUCAAUCAAACCAUGAACUUAAUCCCUAGAAAGAAUAUGUAACUCAAACAUUUAUAGGAAUUCAGGUUCAAAUACAGGAUAUAUGAAAUCUUUUCCCAGUACUUCAGAAUAUACUUAAUUCAUGAGCAGUGUGCUUCAAUGCAAAAUCAUGAAUACUUUUAACAACAAAACUAAAAUGUCUUUAAGGUAUAUGUAUGCAAAUGUUUUGUCUUAUUUUCAGAAACGCAUCUGCUUUCAUUGGCUUUGUACUUUUCUGAGAUUUCUCAGUGUAAUAAAAAGCUCUCAAAACUUA